CGGACGAGCAGCUCAACGCCCGUCGCUGUGCUCCCCAGUCAGUCGAACUCGCACUCUAGAGGUGUGUCUGUGACACCUCGACAAAGGGGACUUUAUUGUUCCUUGCUCUAUUGACACAAACGACUCGUUUCCCUUCCCUACCUCCCCCGCCGACCGAUUACCACUUCACAAUGGCCUCCGACUCCACGUACCUGGCCAUCCCGGGCUCCGUUGCCUUCUCCCACUCCCGUGGGCGUGCCAUUGCUGCUAGCAUUGGUGCACAGGAUGUCCGUGCCCAAUGGGUUCACUAUGUCCACCUCGCUCAGCCGUUGGACGCUCCCCAACAGGGUGUUUUGGAACAGCUUCUCCGCUACGGCGAUAUCACCGACAUCCCGCCCACCUUCAGCCCUGAAGACGGUCCUUCCGAUGUCUUCCAUGUCUUCCCUCGCACUGGUACCAUCUCCCCUUGGAGCUCCCAGGCUACCGGUAUCUCCCACGUUUGCGGCUUGCGCAAGUACGUCAAGCGCAUUGAGCGGGGUAUGAAGAUCUCCUGCCUUCGCUCAGGCUCUGGCGAGUACAAGGCAGGAUACCAGGAUACCUUGCACGAUCGGAUGACCCAGGUUCUCAGUGAGGAGGAGCCUGACCUGCACCUGAUGUUCUCCGAGCACAGCCCUCAGCCUCUCGAGACGAUUCCCCUGCACGGAAGUGGCAAAUCGCCCAAGGAGGUUCUCCAGGAGGCAAACAAGCGGCUCGGAUUGGCUCUUGAGGAGUCUGAAAUUGACUACUUGGCUGAAGCUUACGGUCCUAAUGGCCCUCUUGCCCGUGAUCCCACCGAUGUUGAGCUGUUCAUGUUUGCUCAGGUCAACUCCGAACACUGCCGUCAUAAGCAGUUCAACGCAUCAUGGGUUAUCGAUGGAAAGCAAAUGCCCAACAGUUUGUUUGCCAUGAUUCGCAACACUCAUAAGAAGCAUCCGGAGCACACUGUCAGUGCCUACAGUGAUAAUGCUGCCGUCCUUGAAGGAGAUGAAUCCGCUUUCUGGGCUCCCAACUCGGUCACUGGAGAAUGGAAUCACACCAAGGAAAUCGUUCAUUUCUUGGCUAAGGUCGAAACCCACAAUCAUCCUACCGCUGUUUCACCUUAUCCUGGUGCUGCCACUGGAUCCGGUGGUGAGAUCCGUGAUGAGGGCGCUGUGGGCCGGGGCUCGAAGCCCAAGGCCGGUCUCUCCGGCUACUGUGUCUCCGAUCUUCUCAUUCCUGAUCUGAAGCAACCUUGGGAGCUGGACGUUGGCAGGCCAAACCACAUCGCAAGCAGCUUGGAUAUCAUGUUGGAGGCACCCAUUGGAAGUGCUCAUUAUAACAACGAAUUUGGACGGCCCUGCAUUUCCGGUUACUUCCGUACCCUGUUGACUGAGAUUGAUGUUGGCAACGGCGAGACCGAGCUCCGCGGCUACCACAAGCCUAUCAUGAUUGCCGGUGGUGUGGGAACUGUCAGACCCGAGCACGCCAUCAAGAAGCCCGAGGUUGUCAAGCCCGGUGCCUUCCUCGUUGUGUUGGGUGGCCCUGCCAUGCUGAUUGGUCUCGGCGGUGGUGCUGCCUCCAGUAUCACCUCCGGUGAGGGAUCUGCAGACUUGGACUUUGCCAGUGUGCAAAGAGGAAACGCUGAAGUCCAGCGCAGGGCUCAGGAGGUUAUUAACGCGUGUACUGCCAUGGGGGAGAACAACCCCAUCAAGUUCAUCCAUGAUGUUGGUGCUGGAGGUCUUUCUAAUGCCCUUCCGGAACUGAUUCACGACUCUGGCCUGGGUGCCACGUUCGAACUCCGCGAAGUGGACAGCGCCGACAAGAGCAUGAGCCCUAUGCAGAUCUGGUGCUGUGAAGCGCAGGAGAGAUACGUCCUGGCAGUUGGCGAAGAAAGCAUGAACAAGUUCACCGCUAUUGCCAACCGUGAACGUUGCGGUUUCUCCGUCGUUGGCCGCGGAGGUGGAACUUCGGAGGAAGAAAAGAGACUCAUUCUCUUGGACAGGGAGUCUACUGAGUACCCCAGGCCCAUUGAUCUGCCCCUGUCCGUUCUUUUCGGAAAGCCCCCGAAGAUGACUAGGGUUGUGGAUUCCCGCAAGUUGAAGCUGCCCGCUGUGGACGCCAGUCUCACCACAUACCUCCCAUCCAUUGCGUCGAACAAUCUCGAGCUCAUCAGCGAAGCCGCGAACCGGGUCCUGUCUCUUCCUGCUGUCGGCUCUAAGUCCUUCCUUAUCACUAUCGGUGACAGGACAGUUGGUGGUCUCACUGCCCGUGACCAAAUGGUUGGCCGCUGGCAGACUCCCGUCUCAGAUGUUGCUGUCACUGCGACUUCGUUGGUCCAGGGUGUCAAGACCGGUGAGGCCAUGGCCAUGGGUGAGAAGCCGACUCUUGCAUUGAUCUCCCCCGCUGCGUCCGCACGCAUGGCAGUUGCGGAAUCUCUGAUGAACAUUGCCGCCUCCGACCUGGUCGACCGCCUGAGCCGUGUGAAGCUUUCCGCCAAUUGGAUGUCGGCCAGCAGCCAUCCCGGAGAGGGCGCUGCCAUCUACGAGGCUGUUGAGGCUAUUGGCAUGGACCUCUGCCCCAAGCUUGGCAUCAGCAUUCCCGUUGGUAAGGACUCCAUGUCCAUGAAGAUGAAGUGGAAGGACGAGGCCUCUCAAGAGGCAAAGGAGGUUACUGCUCCCAUGUCUCUUGUCAUCACUGCCUUUGCUCCUGUCGGAAACUUCCGGAAGACUUGGACUCCUGCCCUCCGUCGUCCCGAGGAGGUCGGCGAAACUGUUCUCAUGUUCGUCGAUCUUUCCUUCGGUCGGAAGACUCUGGGUGGCUCUGCCCUUGCUCAAGUCUUCAAGCAGGUCGGUGAUGAAUGCCCUGAUGUGCGUGAUGUGGAGAUCUUCAAGGAUUUCUUUGAUGCCACCCAGCAGCUGCAAGACGCCGGCAUUGUUCUCGCCUACCAUGACCGCUCCGACGGUGGUCUGUUCACCACCCUCGCCGAAAUGAUGUUUGCCGGCCGCUGUGGUGUUGAGAUUAUGCUCGACAACAUCUGCUCCAGCUCAAGCACUAAGGAUGUGGUGGAGACUCUCUUCACCGAAGAGUUGGGUGCCGUUUUCCAGGUCCGCAAGGAGCACGAGAUCCAGUUCCGCUCUUGCUUCGCCACCUGCGGCCCUCCGGCUGGUCUGAUCCACAAGAUUGGACGGGUGUCUGAGAAGGCCAAGAAGAACCUCACCAUCUACCACAAGCACACCUUGCUGUACCGCAACAGCCGCUCCAACCUCCAGCAGACUUGGGCUACCACCUCUUACCACAUGCAGAAGAUGCGUGACAAUGCCGCUUGCGCUGACCAGGAGUUUGCCAGCAUCCUUGACGAUGCCGAUCCGGGUUUGUCUUGGAACCUUACCUUCGACCCGAAGGAUAAGGCCAUGCCGCUGCUGACCAGCUUGACUUCCCUGUCUCCCUUCAGCAACAAGCCCCGUGUCGCCAUCCUUCGUGAACAGGGUGUCAACAGUCAAGCCGAGAUGGCGUUUGCUUUCAACACGGCUGGCUUCUCUGCCGUUGAUGUUCACAUGACUGAUAUCAUCUCUGGUCGUGUUUCCCUCUCCAGCUUCGUUGGUCUUGCUGCCUGCGGUGGUUUCUCGUACGGUGACGUCCUUGGUGCCGGUCAGGGCUGGGCCAAGUCCGUCUUGCUGCACGACAACACCCGCAAUGAGUUCCAGUCUUUCUUCCAGCGUCCUGACACUUUCUCUCUUGGUGUCUGCAAUGGUUGCCAGUUCCUUUCUCGUCUUAAGGAACUGAUCCCUGGCGCUCAAAACUGGCCCAGCUUCGAACGGAACGCCAGCGAACAGUACGAAGGUCGUGUGGUUAUGGCCCGUAUCUCCGAUUCCGAUUCUUCUCGCCCCAGCGUUUUCCUUCACGGCAUGAAUGGCUCCUCCCUUCCUAUUGUCGUCGCCCACGGAGAAGGUCGCGCCUCGUUUGCUCCGGCUUCCGGCACCACCGCUCAGUCAUUUGUCAGCGAAGGCCUGGCUGCCGUUCAAUACGUUGACAAUGCCACCCUCAAGCCAACCAUGAAGUACCCUGCCAACCCCAACGGCAGUCCCGAGGGUAUUGCGGGUAUCCGCAGCGCCGACGGCCGUGUCUUGGCCAUCAUGCCUCACCCCGAGCGCACUGUCCUGGGUGGCAUUGCCAGCUACCUGCCUACCAAGGCCGAGGAGUGGGGUGACAUCGGUCCUUGGGGCCGUGUCUUCUACAGCGCCAGAAGAUGGGUCGGUUAAAAUGUGGAUAAUAAUUACUUCACUUGUUCUCUUUAUUUCAAAAAUAUGUGGUUUAGUCCACCAUUUACGUUAGCUGAAAAAAAUACGCGCCGGGCCGUGGCACAUGUUAUUGUUUUUUUACGAUAUAAAUACAUUGUUAACAUCUUCUUCCUUUUUUUGAUCUGAUGCAUAAUGAUGACAUGUUGAAAUAUCAAAGUUCCUUUGCAGAUACUAUACUUACAGAAUGGGAACCAAUAUGCGAA